CUCAUUUGUGUGAUUUAUCUCAUGCAAACAAACUCCAGGCUGAAAUCAAAUAAAUCCUGAUCAAGCAAAUCUCAACUUCCUUGUUUCAGAGCUAACACGUGUUACUUUACAGGCUUCCCUGCGUUCAAACCACGCCUUUUAAGCUUUUUUAUAGUAUGUGUUGACUGAAGCAGGAUCCCGGAUAUUUGUUAACCUCCAACGGGAAACAGAUAGAGACACUGCAUUUAAUAUCAGAUGACUGCAUUCACAUGGAUAAUAAAUCCAAAGGUGGCUAUAAAACUUGGUUCCCCGCAGCAGCAGCAGCAGGGUCUCCAUAAUGGUCCACAGUGGUUUGUGCCCUUCUGGUUAAAAACUCCUCCAGAAAACCCACCAUGAACAUCUCCAUCCCAUCUAUCCUGCUCAGUCUGGGAGGGAAAUGUCUGCUCAACUGGGCUCUGGUGUUUCUGCAGAGGAAGCACAUCUGGAGAAGCUUUGUGGGGGUUUUCAGUGUGUCCCUGGCUAUCGUGGACACAGCCCUGACCCUUAUCUUCACCACCAUUCACUUCCACAUUGGCGGACACUUGUUCCUCUUGGACUUGCAGCUGACCAGAUACCAUAUAUGUUUGGUGGUUCAAAUCCUUGGACAAGUCUACAGUGCUCUGCAGUGGCCUGUGGUGGUCAUAGCUAGUUUCGACUAUUUCUACACCAUUUUUCUGCAGCCUGCUGCCUCCAAGGCAAAAUGGAUUGGCCGCUCAUUUGUAACGAUUCUGCUGUGGUGCCUCGCCUCUUUCUACAUUUUCCUGCUGUCUGAAUUCGUCCCCGUCUUGGAGGAUGUGUCUCACCACCAGAUACACCAGUGCUGGGUCUUCCACACCACUCAGAUCUUGCAGGUUGUCACACUGCUCUCCUUGACUCUGAGCUGUGCAGCAUUGCAUGCUGUUUGCACCACACCAUCAAUACAAAAUCCUCAGCUGAAGGACCAAAUUACAGACCAAAGCAAAACUCACUCCAGAAGAAGCGUUGUUUGCCAAGUCCUGCAUAUAUUUCUGAACACUUGGGCCCUGCUCCUGAUUUUUCUGGCUGUGCUCCUCCUGCUACCCGUGGGAAUACCCUCAUACCUGGGUCUGAAUGUUGCCUGGCUCUGCUUCCUCAACAGCUUUGUGAUAGCAGUGGUUUUAUGUGUAGUCUGUCCAACCUUGCAGUUAGCGCAGGGCUUGGCAGCAGUUCCUCCUGACAGCUUCUGUGAGUGGAAGUUUAAAUUUAACUUGGCUGCAGAGGACAGAACAUGACUGCACGAAGCAAUUUAAUGUAGGGCACACGUUAGAAGAAAUUAAAUUAGAUGAUUAAACCUGAAUGUCUUGUAGUGAGAGAACAAUUUGUACUUCUGGAACAGUAGUCAUGAUAGCAGUGUGGCUGCUUGGAUGGCAGUGUGGGUCCGUCAGUCCACCACUUGUGCCAAGAGUGAAAUAAAUUUUGGGCAAAAUUUGUGAUACUAACAGAAUGAACCCCUCUGACUCUGGUGAUCUCCUGAUGUUUCAUAAGGCUGACAUUUGUGGUUUUGAGUCAAAUGUACCAAUGGCUACUGAAUGGAUUAAUUGAAGAGUUAAUUGUAAUAAAUAUGGUGA